GUAUGAUGGUUGCAGCUAGACCAGCCAGCUUGCCCAUGAAGUAACCUUGGGACUGGAGGCAAAUCAACAAGAUGGUUGGAGCUUAUGCCUUGAGGAGAGCUGCUAACAUCAGGACUUCCCAAAUGUGACAAGAAAGAAAUAUCUACCACGUGAAUGCCACAAGCAGGGGAAUCAGUGAAUAAGAUCAAGACUGGAUUUAUGGCAUCAGCCCCAGUGCUGAAUCCUUCAGUAUUACAGGAAUGGGGAGAUGGCGGUGAACACACCAUUGAAAGCCACUGAAACUGGGGGAAACUAGUCAUAAGAAUCCUGACUAUCAGCUGACCGCCCGCCUGACAGUUGCCAGUACUUUAUCCAGCCUCGUACCAGUCUCCAGGAGCUGACCGGGACGGCAGGUUUUCUGGAGCCUACAUCGCCUGAGUCCUCUUUCCCCAUGCCUGAGAGUGCAGAGCUGUACUUUAACGCAGACCAUGGCUACCUGGAGGGCCUGGUGCGAGGGUGCAAAGCUGGCCUCCUGACCCAGCAGGACUAUGUCAACCUGGUCCAGUGCGAGACCUUGGAAGAUCUGAAAAUUCAUCUCCAGACCACUGAUUAUGGCAACUUUUUGUCUAAUCAAACGGGUCCUCUUACUGUUUCCACCAUUGACACUGAGAUGAGGAAAAAGCUUUGUGGAGAAUUUCACUAUUUCCGGAAUCAUUCCCUGGAGCCACUCAGCACAUUUUUCACCUAUAUGACGUGCAGUUACAUGAUAGACAACGUGAUUCUACUGAUGAAUGGUGCAUUGCAAAAAAAAUCUGUGAAAGAGAUUUUGGUGAAGUGCCACCCACUGGGCAGUUUCACGGAAAUGGAAGCAGUCAACAUUGCAGAGACGCCCUCGGAUCUCUUCAAUGCCGUUCUGGUUGAAACACCAUUAGCUCCAUUUUUUCAAGACUGCAUGUCUGAAAACAUUCUGGAUGCACUGAAUAUUGAAAUACUGCGCAAUAAGCUGUACAAGUCUUACCUUGAGGCAUUCUAUAAAUUCUGUAAGGAUCAUGGUGAUGUCACAGCAGACAUUAUGUGCCCCAUUCUUGAGUUUGAGGCUGACAGACGUGCUUUUAUCAUCACUCUUAACUCCUUUGGCACUGAACUGAGCAAAGAUGACCGGGAGGCCCUCUACCCAACCUGUGGCAAGCUCCAUCCUGAGGGGUUGCGCCUUUUGGGCAAAGCAGAUGACUUUGAACAGAUGAAGAGUGUAGCGGAUCAUUACGGAGAAUACAAGCCUUUGUUCGAAGCCAUAGGUGACGGCAAUGGGGGAAAGACGUUGGAGGAUGUGUUUUAUGAGCAUGAGGUACAAAUGAAUGUGCUGGCAUUCAACAGACAAUUCCACUAUGGUGUGUUUUAUGCAUACGUAAAGCUGAAGGAGCAAGAAAUGAGAAAUAUUGUAUGGAUAGCAGAAUGCAUUUCACAGAGACAUCGAACUAAAAUCAACAGUUACAUUCCAAUUUUAUAACCCAAUUUGGGGGCCCCGAAGGCAGGAAAAUCAUAAAUGUUAAAAGGAAGUUACAGAGGAAAAUAAAAGGAACUAUGUGAUCCAGGCUACACAAAAGUAAACCAGUUUGCACGUUCAUAAAUUUCAGACCCACUGGAAACACAGUAAACUGAUCCUGAAACAAGGCAUGUUUUUUUUUCAAACAGCCUCAAAUCUUGUUUCCACAUUUGUCUCAUUCUUGUUUGGUUGUUAAAAAUUAGACCUAAUAAAAGCAUUUUUGUCUUGCGUUUCCAUGUAGUUCCACAGGCCCAAAUAGAGAGUUAAAUACUUUUUAACACAUCUUUCCUUCCCUAUGUCCAUACAAGUCCAAAACCGUAUGUAGCCAAUAUGGACCACAUCUUAUGUGAAAUAUUGUAUCUUUUUUUUCUCUGAUGAACAUUCAUCUGGUAUGCUUGGAAAGGCAACACAAUUCGAAAUCAUAUUCCCUAGAGACAAGUAGUGUUAAAUUUAUCAUUGUCUACCACUUAUAAAUUAGUUUUGCACAAAUUUCUUUAAAUAAAAGGUACAUUUCUCUCUUGUGAUUCCUUUUUGCUUUGCUUAAGAAAAAUACCCAGCUAUGAGUAUUCUUUUAUUCAUUCAAGAGUAAUUCACAGGUUUGGUUUGCAGGGUAUGGAUUCUCCAUAAAAUCUAUGUAAACUGGUUCAUAGGGCUACCAAGAAAAAGAAAAGGAAAAAUAAUUUUAAAUAAAUCACUGCUCAACUCCUUCAAAAUAGAGAUUUCUAAAUAUAAGCUCUAUAUUUGUUAUAUUUAAAAAUUGUUUGUUAAUGGGAUUAUAAGUAUCAGAGAUAUAUUGAAGGUGAAUAGGAUUGAAAGGGGCUGUUUAAAG